AUGUUUUUAAAACAGAAAAAAUCCACAGGUUCGGAGGAAACCAAAGAAGUUGAUGACGAAGUUGAGGAAACGGAGCCAAAGUCGAAAAGGAAGAGCAAGUCUCUUGCAAACAGUGACGCCGCAGACCGAGUAAAGACUCAGAAGAAACACAAGACCGCACGGACCUCUGAGGACCAGGAACUCCAUGAGAAACAGAAGAAGAAAAAGGUGGGUGAAAAGGUAAAGGAGAAAAAAACAAAAAAGGAAUCUGAUGACGCAGAUGCUUUUGGUGUCCUGAUUGAAAGUGGGGAUAAACGGAAUGAGGAGAACAACAAUGACAUUGCCACCAACUCCAAGAAAAGGCAGAAAUCAGAGAAGCUCACAGAGGAAGGAGAAGUGACUGAGGGAGCAAAGGAGGACAAGAAAAAGAAAAAGAAAAAGAAAUCCAUCUCAGAGGACCAAGAAGAAGAGGAGGAGAUGGAGUCCAAGGAUAAAAAAUCCAAAGACGGAGGGAAGAAGAAGAAAAAGUCUCAAGAUGAGGAGGAGGAACCCAUAAUGGAGGAGCAAGAGGAGGAAGGGGACUCCAAGAAAAAGAAAAAGAAAAAGCCAAAGAAGGGAUCAGCCGACAGCGAUGAUGACAAAAAGAAAAAGGGCAAGAAAUCCAAAAGCAAACAGGUGGACUAUGCAGAGCUGUACCAAAACGAGUUGUUGAACUACCAUACAGAGUCAUCUGAUGAAUAUGAAGAUGAGUACUACAAAAAGAAAGUGUAUGAAGUUGUAACUGUCACUGGCAACAUCAAAGGAGCGGGUACAGAUGCCAAUGUGUUCGUUACCCUUUUCGGAGAUUUUGGUGCCACUCCAAAAGUGCACUUGGCAAGCAAAAGUCUAACAGCAUUUGAGAAGAAUAAGACCGACGUUUUCCGUAUCAAAACACAAAAUGUGGGACCCCUGAAGAAGCUGAGGAUCGAGCAUGACAACACAGGGAUGAAUCCCCGCUGGUACCUGGACAGGGUGGUGGUGACGGACAUGAACCGGCCGCACCUAACUUUCUACUUUGCCUGCACCAACUGGCUGAGUCGGGAGGAGGCUGACAAGCUCUUUGUUAGGGACCUGCUGGGAUGCCUCAACCCCUUGGACGCACUGAAACUGAAUAAAUACUUAGUGAGUGUGUUCACUGCUGAUGUAAAGGGCAGCGGAACAGAUGCUGAUGUCUUCCUUACUGUCUUCGGAGAACAUGGUGACACAGGAGAGAGACGGCUGGAGAGUGACAUAGACAACUUUGAACGUGGGACAGAGGACAAGUUUACAAUAGAUGGUCCAAAUCUAGGAAAACUAAGGAAAAUCACCAUUGGCCACAACAACAGAGGUUCAUCAGCUGGAUGGUGUCUAGAUAAGGUGACAAUAGAUGACAUGGGGAAUAAGGAGGUUUAUGAGUUCCCAGUCAAUCGCUGGUUUGCCAUCGAUCAGGGUGAUGGGAAAAUACAGACAGAUGUGCUGGUGGGAUCAAUUCAACCUAUGGCGAUUGUGUACAAUGUCCAAGUCAUGACUGGCGAUAUUAGGGGCGCUGGAACAGACUCCAAGAUCCACAUCGUGAUGCAUGGCUCCAAGGGCUUGAAAAAUAGUGGUAAAAUAUUCCUGGAAGGAGGUGCGUUUGAGCGCGGGCUCAUUGACAUCUUCAACGUGGAAAUCUGUGAACUGAUCAGCCCUCUCAGCAGGGUCACCAUUGGACACGACAAUGGAGCUGUGGGUGCUGGAUGGUACUGUGAAAAGGUGACAGUGUACUGCCCAUUCACGGGCAUUGAGCAGACAUUUCCCUGCAGGAGUUGGUUGGAUGAGGACUACGGGGAUGGACUGGUUGAGAGGGAGCUGUACGAGAUGGUCUCGCUCAGGCAGAAGAAGCAGAAAAAGUACCCGUGGUCUCUGUGGAUCUGGACAUCAGAAGUAAAAGGCUCAGGAACAGAUGCCCAGGUGUUUCUGCAGAUAUAUGGGGAGAAGGGCAAGUCUGAUGAGAUGAGACUGGAGAACAAGUCAGACAGUUUUGAACAGGGUCAGCUGGACAAAUUCACGAUCGAAAUGCCAGACAUCGGAAAACUGCGGAAACUGCGCAUCUGGCAUGAAAAGAGAAAUCCUUUCUCUGGCUGGCAUUUAGCCAAGGUUACUCUUUUGAAGACGCUGACAAAGGAGAAGUAUUCCUUCCACUGUGGCCGGUGGCUGGACAUCAACGAAGAUGACAAUGAGAUCAUCAGAGAGCUGCCAGCUACUGGAGCGCUGAUCCCUGAGCCACUUCCCCUGAUAAAAUACCGUGUAACCAUCUGUACUGGUAAUGUCAGCGGUAGUGGCACAGACGCCAGCGUCUUCCUUACCAUUUUCGGUGACCUGGGAGACACAGGAGAGCGACUCAUGUUCAUGAGCCAAACCAACGUCAACAAGUUUGAAAAAGGCAAUCACGACGAGUUCCUCAUUGAGUCUGUGACAUUGGGUCAAGUGCGCAGGGUUCGUGUAGGUCAUGAUGGGUCGGGCGGAGGCUGUGGUUGGUUCGUAGACAAGGUGAUGGUCAGGGAAGAGGGACAGCCAGAGACUUUGGCCAUUGAGUUUCCCUGUAACAGGUGGCUGGAUCGCAACGAGGAUGAUGGCCAGAUUACGCGUGAGUUAGUCCCAGCUGGAGUUGGCCUGCGCCUCUUUAAUGUCAGCUACCAUAUUGCAGUGAAGACAGGAAGCAUCAAUGGAGCCAGCUCUAACUCCAAAGUGUUCGUCAAGCUAUAUGGGGAGAAGGGAGAUACCAACAAAAUACUGCUGAUGGUCUCAGACAAUGACCUGAGAAACUACUUCGAGACAGGAAGCACUGACAUCUUUACCGUUGAAACGUUUGACAUUGGACAAAUCAACCAUCUCCUGAUUGGCCACACCAACGAGGGUCUGAGUGCCGGUUGGUACCUGGAUAAUGUUCAGAUCUCUGUACCUGUUCAUGGGAAGCAGUAUAUGUUUCCAAGCCACCGCUGGCUCUGCAAAGACGAAGCUGAUGGGAAAGUGGAGGUGGAAAUCUACCCCAGCGAGAUAUUGGAAAUUGAACAAUUGAUUAACUAUGAAGUAACAGUGAUCACUGGAAACGUGCUUGGUGGUGGCACCGAUGCCAAUGUCUUCUGUCAGAUCUUUGGAGACGAGGGAAAAACCGAGGUUAUUGUUCUCAAGAGUCGCUCCAACGAUUUCGAGCGUGGGACCACUGAGAUCUUCAAGAUUGAAGCCCUGGAUGUUGGUAAGAUCUACAAGAUACGUAUUGGCCAUGAUGGAAAAGGCAUUGGUGAUGGCUGGCUUCUGGAGUCUGUGGAAAUAAGGCGGCUGACCAUGGCCAUGGUACAAGUUGAGGUUAAGAAGGAGGACACCAAGAAAGACAAGAAGAAGGACAAGAAAAAGAAGAAGAAGGAAGAAAAAGAGGUGGAGAUCAUUGAGGAGCUGCAAGAGGUCGUGGAGACUUUAAUCUUCCCCUGUCAGCGCUGGCUAGCCAGGGACGAGGAGGAUGGAGAGAUUGUGGUUGAGCUGCUACCUGAGGGCAAUGAAGACCUGGAGGUGAACUCAUAUGAGGUUCAUGUUUUCACUGGGACAAUGUGGGGGGCGGGCACCGAUGCCAAUGUUUUCAUCAACAUCUAUGGGGAGAUUGGCGACACAGGGGAGCGAUGGCUGCGGAAGUCCAACAACCUUAAUAAAUUCGAAAAGGGCCAGGAAGACAUUUUCAACAUCCCAGCUGUGGAGCUUGGGGUACUAAAGAAGCUAAGGAUUCGACAUGACAAUGGCCAGGCCAACGCCGCCUGGUUUUUGGACAGGGUGGAGAUUGUUGACAACAAAGAUGACGCGACGUACUACUUCCCUUGUAAACGGUGGUUGGCCAUUGAUGAAGAUGAUUCACAGAUUGCCAGGGAGUUGGUGCCUGUAGAUGAGGCGUUCAUGAAGAAGGGUGAUGACAAUGAAGACAAUUCUGAGGUCACACUAAGUCUAGAACAGAAAGCCAUGUCCACAACAUACACAAUGAAGGUAAAAACUGGUGACAUGAAGUACGCCGGGACGGAUGCCAAUGUGUUCACUAUUCUCUAUGGCACCAAGGAUGACACAGGCAUAAUAAACAUGAAGGCUUCAAGGACUCACAAGAAUAAGUUUGAGCGUGGCAAGACAGAUGAGUUCACUGUGGAGGCUGUGGAUAUCGGACCACUAAAGAAGUUACGUAUUGGACACGACAAUUAUGGAGGAUCGGCAGGGUGGUUCCUUGACUGGGUGGAGAUUGAUGCUCCAUCUCUUGGCCAAAAACUACACUUCCCCUGUGGCCGUUGGCUGGAUAGAGGAGAGGAGGAUGGGGCGAUUGUCAGGGACCUGUUCCCUAAUCCCCUUCAAACAGAACUUUACACACCAUUUGUGCCUUACGAGAUUAAAACGUUUACGAGUGACCUUUUUGGGGCGGGUACGGAUGCAGACGUCGUCAUUGCUCUGUAUGGGAUAGAUGCAGUUUGUACCGAAGAGAAGUCUCUGUGUCUCAACAAGAGGGAGAGGAGGAUGUACUUUGAAAGAGGAGCUGAGGACAUGUUUAUAGUUGAGUUAGAGGAUGUGGGGGACGUGAUUGAGAAGAUUCGCAUUGGCCAUGACAACCAAGGGAUCAACCCAGGCUGGCACCUGGACAGAGUUGAAAUCAGGCGUCUUCUCAGGAAGGGAAAGGGUUCGGAGACCAUCAUAUUUGCAUGUGAGCGCUGGCUAGCCACGUCAGAGGACGAUGGAGAAACGGUGAGAGAGCUGGUGCCCUGUGAAAUCAUCACUGAAAAGCUGAUGCGAGACGGCAGUCUGAAGGUUACCACGAUUGAGGUGGAGGAUGCACUGGAGAUCCACACGUACACGGUGUCGGUAAUGACAGGAGACGUGUAUGGUGCUGGCACCGAUGCCAAUGUCUUCCUCACCAUCUAUGGCGAUCUGGGAGACACGGGAGAGAGGAAACUGAGCAAGUCAGAGACCAACAGCAACAAGUUCGAACGUGGAGCUGUGGACAAGUUCACUAUUGAGGCAGUUGAUAUGGGCCUAGUAUUUAAGAUAAAAAUUCGCCAUGACAACAGUAUGGUCAGUCCUGAUUGGUACUUGGAGCAGGUGGAAGUGGUUGAUGAGGACACAGAGGAGGUCUUCCUGUUUCUGUGUGAACGCUGGCUCUCCAAGAAGAGGGAGGAUUGUCGUUUUUGCCGAGUCUUCUAUGUCAAGGGUUAUGAGGGGGUGAGAGAAGGUCUAAACGAUAAAAAGAAGAACCCAGCUCUGACACUGACGAGUGUCGACAGUAACAUGAACCAAAAAAGCAAGAAGAAAAAGAAAGAAAUCACUGAGGAGCUCCCGAUAAUUCCAUACCACAUCAUCAUCUCUACUGGACUGGAGCGUGACGCUAGCACCACCAGCCGGGCCUAUGUGAUUAUCAUUGGGGCCAGCCACUCCCAGACAGAGAGGCUGUGGCUGGACCUGCCUGAUGGGAGGAAGUGCUUUGAGGCCGGCUCUCUGGAGAGCUUUGAGGUCCACGGUUCCGAUGUUGGGAAGAUCAGAAAGGUGAAGAUCAUCUAUGAGGUGACAGUGGUGACAGGUGAUGUGCAGAAUGCGGGAUCAGAUACACAGAUAUACAUGUCAGUGUUUGGGUCCAAGGGCAGCAUGGAGGAGAUGCUGCUGCAGAAGAACGAGGACAGGUUUGAGCGAGGACAGGAGGACACUUUCAGCUUAGAGAUCGAUGACAUUGCCCCGCUGAUGAAGAUGAGACUCCGUAUUGAUGGCUCUGGCAGCCGACCCGACUGGUUUCUUGACAAGGUCAUCAUGCGUAACCUGACCACAGAAGAGGUGUCUGUCUUCACCUAUGAGGAGUGGCUGUCCAGGACUCUUGGGCCCAAGAGGACUUUGAUCUGUGAGAUGGCAGCUGUGGUUGAUGAGGAACAGAUGGUGGAACUCACCACUUACACCAUCCAGAUCAAGACCAGUGACAUUGCAGGAGCAGGAACUGAUGCCCAUGUGUGGCUCAUAAUUUUUGGAGAAAACGGAGACACGGGCACUUUGGCCCUCAAGGAAAGCAACAAGUCUAACAAGUUUGAACGAAAGCAAAUAGACACAUUUCGCUUCCCAGAUAUCCUCAGCCUGGGAGAGCUCUCCAAAGUACGGAUCUGGCACGACAACUCAGGUCUUGCUCCAGGAUGGCAUCUGGAGUACGUUGAUGUUAAAGAUGAGAUACUAAACACAACAUAUCGCUUCCCCUGUGAACGAUGGCUUGCAAAGAAUGAUGAUGAUGGACAAAUAAUAAGAGAAAUGGCCUGUGAAAAUGAUGACUUAGACCUGAAUGAGAAGACGAGAUAUGAGAUCUGUAUUAAAACCGCAGACACUGACGAUGCUGAAACCAAGGAGAAUGCCUGGAUUGCACUUGAGGGGAGGAAGGGCAGAUCAAAAGAGUUUGUAAUGGAGAACUCUUCAAAGAAGAAAAGAUUCUUGCGGGGAAGUGACGACAAGUUUGAGUUUUCCUCCAAAGUUCUGGGCGACAUUGCUGGUAUCUGCCUGGGUCACACAACCAAGGAUGGAAAGAAGGUUAAAGGGGAGGCAUACUGGCAUGUGGCGGAGGUUGUUGUCAUUGAAAAGGAGCUGGGCAACAGGUAUAUCUUUAGCUGCAACGCCCUUAUCCCUCUCUCCCACAAGAGGGACGAGUUCAUGACCUUUGAGUGCACAAAGGCCAUCGAGAGCUUUGCCAGUAAGGCUCGCAGCUUGGUGCUUGUCAAAUAUGAGAUCAUCAUCAUCACCGGCAAUGAGAAGGGCGCCGGCACUGACGCCAACGUAUUCAUCACUAUCUAUGGCUCCAAUGGAGAUUCAGGCCGCUGGCCCCUGCGGCAGAAAUUCCGCAACCUGUUUGAACGAGAACAGACUGACCGUUUUCUUCUCGAAAUGCUGGAUAUGGGAGAACUGCUCAGAGUCAAGGUGGAGCACGACAACUCCGGCAUAAACCCCGGCUGGCUGCUGAAUCGUGUGGAUGUCACCAACACAGCCAAUGGUGUCACUGCCAUCUUCCUCUGUGGAAAGUGGCUGGACACCAAGAGAGCUGAUGGGCAAAUCUUCAGAGUUCUUCACCCAAUGCACUGA